AUGAAUUCGUGGAACCGACCGCGCCCCAAUCCUCGUUUGCAGAGGAAUGUGGAAGUUCAAGAGAUGGGCCUCACCAUGCGCUCAAAUGAAGUGGAAGUAAUCAUAUCGGAGUUCGAUCCCGACAGCAGUCGCGAUCAGUCGUCCGAAGAGUGGCUCAAUGAAAUAGAUUCUAUGGCAGAGAUUUUCGGAUGGGAACCUAGACGAACGAUGCUGUACGCUUGUAUGCGAUUGAAAGGGCCUGCCAAAUUCUGGUAUGAUGGUUGCAAACAAGAGCUUCGUACUUGGGAGAUUUUCCGAGAGAGAUUUCUGGAGAAUUUCCCUACUGUCAUUGACACCGCUGGCAUCCACAAAAAAUUGAUAAAUUUGAAGCGAAAACCGGAUCAGUCAGAGGAGUCGUACUUUCACGAAACGGUGGCCCUGGGUCGAAAAAUAAGAUUAUCGGAUGACCUCAUUAAGAACUAUCUGAUUAAGGGUCUCCCAUAUGCAUCCACUCGUGCAGUUAUGGCACAAGAUCCUGCAGUUACGUUGCCGCAAUUUUUAAACGCAUUGAUUCGUGUCGAACGAGCGACAAAAGAGGGCGAAAAACGUAAUGUCGGUCCGAGCGGACGAGUUGAUCUCAACAGGACACCAGGCAGGAGAUCAACAGAAUGCAUACCACGUUUGGAUGCUACACCUCGUAACAUGACUCCAGUUAGAUCCGUACCCAACACCGGUUCCUUCAAAAGUGCCACUCCAACCCCAUUAAGUCACAAAAGGCAAUGUUUUAUUUGUCGGGCGGAAGAUCAUCUGGCACGGAAAUGCCCCCAAAGAAAGGAUUUUCGUUCCGGGGUGGCACUGAACCGCACCACCAUUGAUCGAACAUUAACGGAACGGAUUUCAAAAAAACUUCAGCUAAAUAUCGAGAACGAUGCGUCGAUAUUACGAGGAUUCGCUGGAGGUGAGUGUAAAACAAUCUGUGCAGUGACGGAAACAGUCCAAAUAGAUGACUUUGUCAAUGAAAUUAAGAUUCUGAUUGUUCCUAAUGAUGCGAUGAAGUACGACAUGUUAGUUGGAGAUGACUUUUUCCGUAAAAAGAGGGUAUCCGUUGUGAAGACUGUGGAUACAAUAACCAUCCUAUCCGAUGACCCUGUUGUAAUGAACGUCGAAGUAGACACGAUAACAACUGCUAGGGCACCGUUGACAAUUGGCGAUUUGAAUGUAGAACCUUUCGCAUCACCUAACUCGACAUCGAAACUAUUAGACCUACUUAAUCGGUAUCGCCAUUGUUUCGCGGUAGACUUAAGCGAAAUUGGUUGCACGGAUAUCGAAACAAUGAAUAUUACGUUGAAAGAGGAUAAAAUCGUAAGGCAUGUGCCGUAUCGAGUGGCCUACGGUCAGCGAAAAUACUUGCAGGAGGAAAUAAGGAACCUUUUGAAGAAUGAUAUUAUCGAGGAGUCAUCAUCAGAGUUCGCCAGCCCAUUGGUAAUCGUCCCUAAGCGCACAGGAGACUAUCGAAUGUGUGUGGAUUAUCGCAUGCUAAACGCCAUAGUUCAAAAGGAGUACUUUCCUACGAAUCGUGUGGAAGAAGAGAUUCAUAACUUGAGCGGGAAGCGCGUAUUCACAUUGCUCGAAAUGAUGAAUGGUUACUUGCAAAUUGGUGUUGAUGAAAAUUCUCGUAAGUACACAGCCUUCGUCACACCAGACGGCCAAUACCAAUACAAACGCGUACCAUUUGGACUUUCCAACUCUGUCAGUGUCUUCGGGAGAGUCAUGAGCAAAAUCAGUCAACCUUUGAGAGACAAAGGUAUUUCGUUCUACAUGGACGAUGUAGUGAUUUCCACGGAAACCGAAGAGGAAAAUUUGGAAGUGCUAGAGCUCUUCCUAGUCGAGGUAUCUAAGUCGGGAAUGACCCUUAAAGUGAGUAAGUGCGAAUUUUUCAAAAGAUCGAUUGUGUAUCUAGGACACGGUAGUGCUGAAGGCUGCGUAACGCCAGGCGAAACGAAAACUGAGGCCGUCGAAAAGUUCCCCAUUCCCACUGAUGCGCGAUAG